AUUUGUAAACAAUCAGUUGCCACUAGAAAUUUUUGACAUUUUUUACCUUUAAGUCUCGAAAAUGUGGCAGUAUUUCUUUGCACAUGCAGCUUACCAUGGUGUGAGAUGGUUUCCUCAAGGAAACAGAUGGAAAAUGGCAUUACUGAUGUUGGUGCUGUCAAUCAUAGCAGUAGGUGCCCAGAUUUUUGUGAUCAGCCACUAUGAACGAUCUUCACGAUACUGUGAACAGCCACUGCUCACCCUCCAAGUUAUUUCCAUUAUCCUGUCCUCUUUUACCGUGGGUUUCACUUUCUUGUUCAGUGUGUUGAUCCCUGUGCCGCGGGGGGUCAAGAUUGUCUUCCACAUUUUUGGACUAGGCUGCCUCAUUGUAGGAUUCUGGCAAAUCUACUCUGUGAUUGUCUCCUAUGAGACUUGUAGUGUGAAUACACCGGAGCUGUAUUUCCUGACCCAAAUCUGCGCUAUCUUAUCUGGGGUUUCAAUUGUCUUUCUGCUGGUUGUUUUCCCCUUCUGGCUUGUGAAUGCCUGGAAGACCGGGAUCGUCAUGGACCCCUACAGCCGCACUGGAAUCUGCUAUGAACCCGCAAAGUGUUGUACAUGUAUCUGGCAUAUCUAAAACAACUGGAUAAUUUUUGAGGCAUUGUAGAAUAAACAGUGUAUUUGGAAUAUUGAAAAAAGAAGCUAGUAGUUUGGGGUAUAUUUGAUUUUUAAAGGCAAAAAAGUGAACUUAGAUUAUUCAUGCAUUGUUUGUUAACAAAGGGUUGUAUUGAUAUUAGCAUUGGAAGUUUGUGAACCAUAAUUUGGUUGAAUAUAAAUGUAUAUAUAUUAUGUAUGUAUUAUUCAUGAUACAUGUUUGCAGUGGCAGUGACUUUGUUAGAUUUGUGAAGGGGAGAUUUGAUUAAUUAUAGCAAGAGGAAGAGACAAGAAACAAGACUUUUUUGGAACAGUCUGUUUAAGGGACAACCUUAAAGGUUACUAAUAAUUCUUUAUUUCGGAGGACGUGUAAAAAUGCAUCACAUGAAGUAACAAUUUAGCCAAUGCAAAGAACAUUUGAUUAAUGAUUGAAUUUAUAUUAAGUGUCGGUUUAAGUUGCUUAAAUGAAUUGAUUCUUAUGAACCAGUUAAAUUUGAAUAUUGAUGACCCUGGUUCAUUUCUGUCCUAGAAAAUGUGAACUAUUUAAUGAAAAAUUACAUAUAAAACAUUUUCUUGGCCUUCAAAGAUAGCAAAGAUAUUAUAUAUGUCCAGUUUCUGUUGAAAUAAGUGCAAAAAUAAAAACUGAAAUGGCUUGAUCUAUAAUUUACUUUCGUCAUUCAUUUUACAUCAUAAGUAUUCUGCAAGCAACUACCUUUCAAAUCAUACCAAAAUUAUAUGGAGGUCAAUUAAGGCAUCAACAUUUAGAGACCUAGAUUAUGGGUGGGGUGGUUAUACAGUAGAAUUUCAUUAAUCACUGAUUUACAAAUAUAAUGGGUAAUUAUACUCAUUGUAUGAAUUAGUUUGGUUUUCUGUUUUUGUAUUAUACUAACAAGUUCUUGCCUUUUUUGUCCAUUGAAAAUUGUAUGCAUAUCUAUUUACAAGUAUAAAGCGUAUAUAAAUUGCUUGCAUUUACUGAUUAAAGCAUUCUGAGAUUUUGGGCAAUUUUCUGUCAUCUUGUUUAAAUACUUGUUUGUAAAAUUUAAAACUUUUUAUAACUAAGAUGACUAUUUUAAUGUCCAAGUAAACUGUCACAUCAUUUUGUUGAAAUUUCUUAUUCUUGCCUUUUUUGUCCAUUGAAAAUUGUAUGCAUAUCUAUUUACAAGUAUAAAGCGUAUAUAAAUUGCUUGCAUUUACUGAUUAAAGCAUUCUGAGAUUUUGGGCAAUUUUCUGUCAUCUUGUUUAAAUACUUGUUUGUAAAAUUUAAAACUUUUUAUAACUAAGAUGACUAUUUUAAUGUCCAAGUAAACUGUCACAUCAUUUUGUUGAAAUCUCUUAUUUAUUCUUAAUAUUCUAUAUAUAUAUAUAUAUAUAUAUAUAUAUAUAAAUGCACAUGUACAAUAGAAAAUGAAGUUAAAAGCAUUUUGGAUUUCAAGUUUGUGUUAAUAUGUUAACCCCUGAUUUUUUUAUACGCAAUAUAAUUAUGCCAUUUGCAUUUAUAGCUAGCAAACCCUGAGGGCUGAACAUUAAAAAGUUCUUUUUUAUGACCAUUUUAGAAUUUUUUCAUAUUCAACCCUCUACCAAAAUAAUCAAACUAUAAUAUAUUUCAUAUUUUAUAAUGUAUUAACCAGUCAGCUGGUCUGACUUUUUUGUGUAUACUUCUCAUCUUUAUGUCUUUUGACUGUUACCAAUUAAAAAUAAACAUCUUAUGAAAAGAUUGACUUAUUACUUUUGCAAAGAUUGGUCAACAAGUUAUAACAUUAAAUGAAUCCCUCUUGUUGGCUUGCGAUUGUGUAACAAGUUAUAACAUUAAAUUUAUUUUUCUUGUUG